GAGGAAAGACAGAGCGGCUGCUAUGCGGUCUAGUCUAGAGCUCUACUUCUGUCUGUUGGCAAGCACUCAAGAGUAUUUCGGAUGUAGAACAUGUCAGUGUGCCGUUCAGCGUUUUUGUCGUUUUGAUGAUGGAGAGGGGCAAGUCCUGUUGUAAGGACUAGAAGAAACGAAAUGUACGGGAUAGAUAAUUUGACCCGCAUCUGAGGAUAAAUUAUUGAAUGCAGUCAUGGCUGGGCUGAUCAAGAAACAGAUCUUGAAACACCUCUCCAGGUUUGCCAAGAACCUGUCCCCGGACAAGAUCAAUCUGAGCACGCUCAAAGGGGAGGGUCAGCUGACCAACCUGGAGCUGGAUGAGGAAGUGCUGCAGAACAUGCUGGACCUGCCCACCUGGCUGGCCAUCAACAAGGUCUGCUGCAACAAGGCCGCCAUCAGGAUUCCAUGGACCAAGCUGAAGACCCAUCCCAUUAGCCUAUCAUUGGAUAAGGUCGUCAUGGAGAUGAGCACCUGUGACGAGCCACGCCCACCGAAUGGCCCGUCUCCCAUAGCAACGGCCUCAGGAACGGGUCAAAGUGAGUAUGGCUUUGCAGAGAAGGUGGUGGAGGGCAUCAGUCUGUCCAUCAACUCCAUCGUGAUCCGCAUCAGUGCCAAGGCCUUCAACGCCUCCUUCGAGCUCUCCCAGCUCCAGGUCUACAGCGUCAACACCAGCUGGGUGCAGAGCGACCUGAGAUUCACACGCAUACACGACCCUGCACGCGGAGAGAUCCUGACCUUUAAGGAGGUGAGCUGGCAGAUGAUCCGCAUCGAGGCGGACGCCAUCCAGAGCGGCGAGCACGAGGUCGUCAGCGCCCCCAUCAGGCUCAUUACCAACCAAUCAAAGAUCAGAGUCACGCUCAAGAGGAGGGUGAAGGACUGUAACGUGGUGGCGUCUAAGCUGAUCCUGAUCCUGGAUGACCUGCUGUGGGUGCUGACGGACUCCCAGUUGAAGGCCAUGGUCCAGUACGCCAAGUCCCUCAGCGAGGCCAUGGAGAAAAGCAACCAGCAGAGGAAGAACAUGGCCUCCGAGAACACAGAGGUGACAUCAGCGCCGCCUAGUGCCCAGCAGGUGCGAGCGCAGCAGAGUUCGGCGACGGACCCCAACGCGGCCAUGGCGCGGCUCUUCAGCGCGUACGACGUGUGCGAGACCUCCCACCACCUGCAGAUCACACACCUGGACCUGCACAUCUGCGACGACAUCCAUGCCAAGGACAGGGUGAUCAACAAGAAGAUAACAGGUGGAGCCAUGCAGCUGUCCUUCAGUUCUAUCAGCCUGGACUACUAUCCCUUCCACAGGGCAGGUGAGUCUUGUCAGCACUGGAUGCACUACAGCGAGGCCACCAAGGCUCGUGAGGGCUGGGCUCGCCACCUGCUCGAAGAGUUCCGCACCAACGUGGACCUGCUCAAGACGGCCCUCAAAGACCACCAGAGCACCACGGGCCAAUCACAAGGCUCGCCUCAGCACGGCAAGAUCUCCACCAGUUCCAGCAGCACUUUCUCCCCUCCCCCCACCCCCCGUGCCGCACAGCUCAUGUCCAGCUCGUUCGUACUGCGCAUGGCCGAUUUCAGCAUAUACCAGGUGUCCACAGCUGACCAGCGGCGCUCCAGCCCCAAGGCCAUGAUCUCCUGCAAUAAGAAGUCCCUCUACCUUCCUCAGGAGAUGCCCGCCAUACACGCGGAGCUCACCGAGUACUACUUCCCUGACGGCAAGGACUACCCUAUCCCGUGCCCCAACCUCUACGUGCAGCUGAAUGCCCUGCAGCUGGUGCUGGACCCUCGUAGCCUGGUGUGGCUGAACCUCUUCGCCCUGGACCUGAGGCAGAGCCUGGAGCAGUUCAUGCAGACCUACAAGCUCGACGACACGCAGAAGCCCGACGAGCACGUCGACAUCAGGGUCGACGGACUCAUGCUGAAGUUGGUGAUCCCAGCUGAUCUGGAGCCUGGCUGCCACCCCGACCUUCCCCGCCAGCUUUCCGUACAGACAUCAGAGAUGGUGGCCACCAAUACCCGCCACUCCCCUUCCUGCUCCCGCUCCAGCCUUGAGGCCCUCCUCCAGUCCUUCCAGGAGGAGGCCUUCUUCACCUCCUCCUCCUCCAACACCACCUCCUCUUCUUCGUCAUCCUUUCAUCUCCACUUCCCUCGUUCGCCGGACGCCUUCCCCGUGCUGCAUCAGGUCUUCCAGCGCCACGCUCACGAGAGGGACACGCGCCUCCACGAGGUCUACCGCCACCAGGUGGUGCCCUCUCUCUCCAGUGAUGCCCUAAAGACCCCAGCUGCCACAGACGUCUGGGCCAUCAGCUUCUCUCAGUUCUGGGCCGACUUUGAGGGCCGUGCAGGUGGAGGGGGUCGUCCCACGCCCUUCGUGGACUCCUUUCCCCUGGCUCUGUGGGUGUGCCAGCCCGCCCGCCACGCCCUGCACUCGCUCCGCCUCAAGGGGUCAAAGGGCGCAACCUCGUCCGACUUUCCUGUGACCUCUGACCCCGCCGUGGGGGGUUCGGACCAGGGCCGGAUGCAGAGGAAGCGGCUGCUGAAGGAGUAUUACAGCAUGGAGGCUUCUGCUGCUGCAUCAUCAUCGCCAUCGGCAACCACCACAGCACCGGGGAACUCUGCCACGGCAACAACGCAAGGCGGCGCGCCUAGCAACGGCCUGCGCAAGCCUCGCUCGCUGGACAGCCUCUCGUCUUCGUCGUCCUCAUCCUCUUCCUCGUCUGCACAGCCGCAGCCAGACUUACAGGUGCUGCUGCAGGUGCAGAAGGCCCUGAGUGCCCAGAUGAACCACCUGCAGUACGUCUUCCUGUUGAGGCUGCAGAGGACCAUGAAGCAGCUGCAGCAGACCCUGCAGCAAGACCUGGACGGCAACCGCUGCAGUGGCACACCCCGGAAACAGGAGCCGGAGCCCUCCCCGUUCAGCGUGUGUGUGGGCGUGCUGCUGAAGAGCGCGGAGGUCUCGCUCCUCCUGAAGCCCGUGCCCUGCCCCAACCCCCCGAGCACCGGCGCCGCCAGCCCCCUGGGCUCUGACCUCUCUCCCUCCGACAGCCGCGCCACCCUGGACCCUGGCGCCGAGCCUGGCACCGCCGGAGGAGCACCAGAGGCGGCGGCGGCGGGGACAAACGGAACCGACGGCGGGGGAGACAGAGCAGCGCCCUCGUCUGGUGGUGGGGCUAACAGCAGCAGCGUGAAGCCCACCGUGGAGCAGCUCCUGUGCGUGUCAGCUGGGGACAGCGUCGGUGGGAUGCCGGCGCCUCUCCUCCCUCCCCCCGCUACUCCUCCCCAGCCGUUCUCCUCCUCCUCGCCGGGAGGGAGGAAAGGGUCUCUGGAGGAGCGGAGGACGAGUGGUACGGGGGGUGGCGCCACCGUGAGGCGAUCUAGUGCGGAGGCGGGCAUGGAGACGGUACCAGAGGGCCAGGGCCAAGCAGGGGGAGACGCCCCCUCGGCGGACAGGCUGGCUCCCGCGGACCCCCUGAGUGAUCCGCUGACCUCCAGGGACUGGAACAGUGAGAACAAGGGCACGGCAGGGUCCGGGAACCGUAUGCCCCAAUCCAUGUCCAGGAAAGGCAGUCUGUCUCUGGUGUCUGACCUGCUGAGCUCUCCGAACGCCAGGUCCACCUCCCUAUAUUCCAUGUCCAACAUUGGCAGACUGAUGAAGGACAAGGACAGAUCUCAGUCCAGCUUCGCCGUGGCUUACAAGCCCAUGAAGAAGAGUCCCUCGCUCCAGUCGCUAGACAACAUCUCCAUAGACAGCUACCUGCUGGAGGACGGGGACAACUACAGCCUAGAAAGGGACGACGUGUCCAUGUCAGGCUUCAAGGAUGCGUUGAGCGAGCACAGCGCGGCGGAGAGUGCCACGGAGGCGACGGCGGCCGCCGCAGACGGAGCCGCGUCACCUGACACCGUCAGCGCCACCUCACAGAGCAUCGACGAGCCCACUAAAGACAUGGUGUCGGUGCUGGUUCUGAGGGUGAACUCGGUGUGCGGGUCGCUGGACAUGCGCGGGGAGAACACGGCCGUGGCUCUGGAAGUGGGCCAGGUGCGGCCCGACCAACUGGGCAACGUCAGCCUACGCCAGUACCUCAGCAACCGCAGCCUCGGUUUUGUGUCCUCGUCAGCACAACCUGUGACUGGUCAAGCCAGAAGAGGUUCUGGUAACGCGUCCGGCUCGGGUCCGGGCCGCGUCCGCGCCGAGGUCCAGGUUCGCCUGGAGUCGGGUCCGAGCGCCGCCGCCCACUCCCCGCUGGCCGAGCACAACGGCUUCCUGCAGUGCCGUCUGAGCGCGCUCAGUGCGGACCUGCUGACGUCCACGCUGCAGAACCUGGGCCACUUCGUGGAGGACAACAGCGAGGACUCGCAGGUGCUGCCCAUGGAGAUCAGCGUCAGAGACAUGCACGUCAACCUGAAGGAUGAUGGUCCACGUGACAACCCGUCUGAGCCAGAGCCCACACCCAUCUCCCUACACGUGGACAACCUGAGAAUACACCGCAGAGACGACGGCUCAUUCAGCGUUGGACUGGACCAGUCUACAGAGCCUCCUCCCCCUCCCUCUAAGCCACCAGUGAUGGACAACAGGCUGAGCUCUGUUCCCGAGGUGCCCGCGUGUUUACCUGAGGUGCCCCCUGCGUGUGUACCCAAGGUGCCGGAGGUGCCAGCGUGUGUAGUACCCGAGGUGCCGGCCGCGUGUGUGCCCAGCGAACCCAAAGCCACCCAGACCAACCCCCUCUCGCCCACCAGCUACGCCCCCUCCAGCAGGGAAAAGAUGCUGCUGGAGGAGAACGAGUGCUUGAAGCUGGAGCUGUCCAGAGCCAAGAUGGCGCUGGCCGAGGCCCAGAUGGAGAAGGACUCACUGCUGCACCACAUGAAGAACCUCAAACUGGCAACCAGCAACAGCUAGUGGUGACUCUCAU